GCGAAUUCAAACGGCGUCGUGUAACCAGGCCGUCGAGGCGUGCGCCAGGUUCCGAUGUCUUGGUUUGAUUCGGUCAAAAUCAUCACUCGAGAACUGGAAACUGGGGAACUGUAAGUCCCCUGGUGAGUCCCUGAUAGGCGACGGGAUUGAGUUAUCAGGGCAUUUUCACGAACUGCCCCUGGCCCAGGUGUCUGGGCCUGACAGACGGAACAAGCCAACAAACCAAGCAAGUGCUCGGCGUCCUCUUAUCGAUAAGCAAGCUCCCGCGCCCCGCGAUGAAGCUCCGCGUCACCUUGAGCGUUGCCUGUGCCCCCCGAAUUCUACAUCUUGACACUUCUACCGCCCUCAUAUUCGCGGCUGGACACACCACGAGCUGAGCACGAUAAUUGCAAUAUUUGACACUCUUGACCAAGUGCCUAUCAACCGCUCAUCAUGGCGACCCAGUACGAGGUCGAGCACAACAUCAAACCAACCCCCUCAACCUCCCGUCGCCGCCGACAAGUCGACAUGUCGACGUUCACAGCGCACCUGCACAACAUCAUGGCCGCAGACGACCAACCCCCUUCCACCACCACCACCACCUUUCCAACCCACCCGCACCACCACAACCCGCACGCCGUCCCCAACCCAGCCGACACCGCCGCCCUCUUCCGGCUGAUUCAAGACCAGAUGGGCACGCUCGCGUCGACAGCCCCGACCGAAUCCAACCGCGCCUUCCUCACCUCGCUCGUCGAGGCCCUCGAGCUGGACGUGGCGCACCCGCCGCGGCAAAUCGAGGGCGUCACGCAGGAGUUCUUGGAUGGCCUCGAUCGCGUGCCGCGGGGCAAACUCAAACAGGACGAUACAUGUCCCAUCUGCGCCGAGCGAUACCUGGACGAUCAGUACUGUCUCGUCGUGGAACUACCUUGUCAUGAGAGUCACCGGUUUGAUCUGGAGUGCGUCGGGCCGUGGCUGAGGGGGAAGGGGACGUGUCCUCUGUGUAGGAAGGAGGUAAGUAAGAGGCGCGAGGUUGUUGUUGAAAGCGACCAAGGGGAGGAGGAGGAUGACAUGGAUGGGCUGUAUGCUUGAACAUGACGGAGGCUUUUUGAUUGGGGGGGGCCGAUGGCCGGGGAUCCUAAGUUUAUUUGGCGCAGUGAUUUGCCGAGGCGGUUGGUUGAACAGUCUGGCGAGCAAUCGGCUUUGCACGACGGGACGCAUGGCAUGAGGCAUGAACAGAUUGAUGAAUAUCGUGAUGCGGUCUCUUCAACCCCAUAUUGCAGCCCAUAUGCUCGAGAAUUUUGUACAGGCCCAGCACCUGCCGGACAAUUAGUCCAGCCUCGUCACACCUCACAUACCAUCCUCAAUACCU